AUGGACCGACACCACCCAUCAGUGGACUCAAACCCAACGAUUUGCGCAACUUUGGCAUUUUGCCUCAACUUGCACCCAAAAGAUCUGGGCUGCCGCCUCCUGAAGGAGUGGACAGGGCUGCAGGAUGCCUACCUGGAAACCCAAGACUUCCAGGGCUGUGAGGAAGGCUGCACAAUGGUGCCGCAUAACUGUUACGUCAACCAGCAGGAGCUGCAGCCAUUCCCCUUUGGCAUCCGAAUCGACUACGUGCUGUACAAGGCAGUUUCUGGGGUCUGCGUCUCCUGCAAGACGCUCAAAACCACUACAGGCCAUGACCCUCUCGGUGGCACCCCCCUCUCUGAUCAUGAGGCUCUCAUGGCAACCCUGUGUGUGAGACACAGCCCCCCACAGGACAGCCCCAGCCUGGCCCGUGAAACAGCAGAGAUGCCGCCAUUGGUCACAGUGCUAAAGGAGGCCUCCAUGGAGCUGGGCUUGGGUCUGGCUCAAGCUCACUGGUGGUUGGCCUUCGCCAGCUGUGUGGUUGGCGGGGGACUUCUGUUCCUGGUGUUGCUGUGUGCACUGGUGGCUGGUGGGGACAGCGGACAAGUGGCCUUGCUGCUUCUGGGCCUCAGUGUGGGCAUGGUGCUGGGGGCAGGCGCCGUCUACCUCUUCCACAUGCAAGAAGCCAAAGGCUUGUGGAAGACCCAAGCUGAGCUCCAGCAUGUGCUGGGCAGGGCUUGGGAUGCCCAGGACAUGGGCUCUAGGCCUCGACCAGCCCAGCUCCUGAGGCAGCAGCUGGACAACAGAGCUGUAGAACAAUAAAGCUUGAUGGUA